AUGAUGCUCGAGGCGAUGACCCUGAUUUUCCACAUUCUCGAUGCUGAAGUGAUAGAAGUGCCAUGUGUGGAAAAAGGUGAUGAGAUACGUUCAUAUGCGGAAUUUGUUGAAUUUACUAUUGAAAUUCCGCAACAAAUCAAGGAAUCAAUGCCGGAAAAGACGGUAAAAACCAGAGAGGACACAAAUGUUAGUGCAAAUGAAACUGUACAUUUUGAAGUGCCAACUACUUUGCGGCAAUUCUCUUUGGAUUACAGAGAGUUGGAGAAUCUGCCUCCGGAGAAUUUUGCAAAAUAUUUUUUGGUAAGCUUUAAUUCAAAUUGUGGUUGAAG